CAGCAACCUGCCUGUAACGUCAAGCAAUGACAACUUCGAGCAACGUUCAGACGCUAUUCCUCCGCUAGAACUUAGAAGCUGUUCAAAGCAGAUCAAAGCUAUUUUCUCUAGAGCUGCCAGCUUUUUCGUGCCUGCAAUGGUGGACUCUGAUCUUCUGAGCCAGGACGGGCACGGCAGCGCAAACUCGCUGCGGCCGCCGGAUGAAGCGGUGGUGUCCAUCAUUCGGACCGCCGAGGAGCUGAAGGAGGCGCUGCACAUCCGCCAGCGGGUAUUUGUGGAAGGGCUGGGCGUGCCGCUUGAUGAGGAGAUUGAUGCGUAUGAUGGGGGAGGAGACCCGCAGAAGGUGGCACAAGAUGUGGUUCACGUGUUGGCUCACAUGAACGGCAAGGCGGUCGGCACGGGGCGGCUACUCAUAAAUCCGCCCAUCCGACAACUCCCCAAGGCGCAGCGAAUAUCGGUGUUGGACGAGGCGCAAGGGAAGGGCGUUGGGCGGCGCAUCAUGCUAAGUCUGCAAGAACAAGCAUGGGCCCGGGGCUUUCGAGGAGUCAUUCUCGACGCGCAGCUGAAGGCGAUUCCCUUCUACGAGAAGUUGGGUUACAAGGUGAAGGGGGACGUAUUCCUGGACGCGGGGAUCGAGCACAAAAAGAUGGAGCUUGUUUUCGGAGGCGGGGCCAGUUUAAACAACGAAUGAUGAAGAAAUAAGCAGCGCCGCUCGAGAUGGGGAAAUUGUUUCAGUAUGCGUAUAGGCCCUAGUUGCCUGACAGCGUUGCAAGCCGUAAUGCUGAUACUGCGUUUGUCGUCAGGCUUUCCGAGUUGGUUACUGCAAUAGAGGAGCCGUGUGAGACGUCCACGCAGGCUGUCAGAAAGCACAAUGAACCUGAAUGUCAGUGUUGGCUGCUCUGUUGGCCCAAGAGGAACUGCUGUGCAUAGCUUAUAAACUCAACGUGUCUGCGUUUGUUUCACAAUAAGGUCAUUACGGUUGUCGAGUAUAACAGGUUCGGGAAGCUACCAACUUGAAGUAGAGCCAUAAGGAAAGCUAGUUCGUAGACUCAUAGCCAUCAUUAUAUUGUCAGCUAAAUCGUGUAGUAAUAAUUGCCGGGCCAGCAUAAUGACGUCAGUGCGGCCCGUUCAUCUUGCACCUUAUGGUUUGUAAGUCUUGUUCGUCGUACAGCCAACAGUGACCGUCACAGCUAAAACGGUACAUUUGGUUAGUAUGCUUGUCCUGAGUCCACAAUAAAUCAUCAGUGCACGUACAUAUCGCGCACACCGUUGUACUGCUU